CACCAACAGCGUAGAUAAACAAAUUCUUCAUUCGCCCUUUUUAUCGAUGAAGACCGGGAUUUAAAACAACGAACGCGAAAGUGAAUAAAAAUGUGGUAGUGUGGUGGAUAAGGAAAGUGUGUUACAAAUCACAAGUCUAAACGUUUAUGUGAAGCAACACAUCUACUAAUAAUUGACGUGCUGCCAAAACGUUGGGCCUGUGGCCGCGCAAGAUAUCAGCGUAUCCAGAAUGAAGCUGGCGAUAAGCAUAGGAGUGGCCGCAGCAGUGCGCUUUCUGUUGAUGAAUUCGCGCUACUCGCAAGGGAUACAGAACCGGGUGGAAGUAUCUACUCCGAUAAAUGCAUGGAAACGAGUCGAGGAAGGCGCAUAUCUGUAUGCGAACGGAAUCAAUCCAUACGAUGGGGACGUGUAUCAUAAAAAUCCAAUUAUUCUGCACGCUUCCCGCUGGCUGUUAGAUAAUGUCCCAAGUGCCAUACCGUCCCUGUUCAUCCUGCUGGACGUUCUGACAGGGAUAUUGUUGCUGCUAGCGGCACGAGUAUUUAUACGCGAUAUGUACGAAAAACAACGAAACGAAAUGGAUACGUACGCGAAGGACACAGAUGAGCUCCAUCUUGUCGAGGCGGAUCUGCACACGGUUCCGAUGUCCGUCGGGUUUGCUUACCUGUUCAAUCCGUACACCAUUCUAAACUGUGUCGGCCAGACGACGACCGUGUGGAGUAACUUCCUGCUGGCCGCUUUUCUGUACGGGCUAUCGCGUCGUCAACGGCUGGUCAGCUUCCUGGCGCUGGCACUCGAAACGCAGAUUAAUCUGUAUCCAUUUGUGUUACUCGCACCGGGCGCACUGCACAUUGCCAAUCACCAAACCGGGACAGGCAGCAGUGGGAGCAGAUUUCGCAGCAUAACGGCCAGCUGCCUCUUAUUUGCAAGCUUAUUUAUAGGAGUUAAUUACUUCGGCAACUUUCUGAUGGGUGGAGACUGGAGUUUCCUAGACGCCACGUAUGGCUUCAUCAUCAACUGCCGCAGCUUACAACCAAAUAUUGGGCUGUUCUGGUACUUCUUCACGGAAAUGUUCGAUCACUUCCGGACGCUGUUCCUGUACUCGUUCCAAAUCAAUGCCACAUUGCUGUACCUGUUUCCGCUCACGUUCAAGCUACACAAGGAACCGAUCAUGCUGGCAACGAUGCUGAUCGGGCUGGCGGCCGUUUUUCGCUCCUAUCCGUGCGUGGGCGAUGUUAGCUUCUACCUUGCCCUCAUUCCGCUGUGGAAAUCGAUUUCCAUGUUCAUGAAGAACAAUUUCAUCGUCGGUGCAACGAUGCUGGUGACGAGUGUGCUCGCCCCAACCGUGUGGCACCUGUGGAUAUACAACAAUUCAGCAAACGCCAACUUUUACUUCGGUGUGACGCUAAUUUUCUGCACAGCCCAGAUUUUCCUUAUAACGGAUCUCUUCUUUGGGUAUAUCAAGCGAGAGUUCUGCCUAAAGCACGGCAUCCGCGUGUUGGUAGAUGGAAAGGAGGCCCGAAUUACGUUGGAGUAUUAAAACAAAUAAAAGGCUGAUGAGAUGUUACCAUCCCCGGUAACUGUGGCGGCAAUGCAGCUGUAAAAGAAAGCAUAGAACAAAAACAAAUAAAUGAUUUAAAUAACAAAUGUUCGAACAUCACACACAUCCGCUCCUCUCUUUGUUGGUCUCUCUUUCACAUAUGCAAGUCUUACCAACCAAACGCAGUUUUUUUGAUCACAAAUCUUGUUUAUU